CAGAGCCCCGCCCCCGCCGCCGCGCGCCCGGGCGCAGGCGCAGAGCCCGCGGCGGGGCGGGGUCGAACGGCAGCGGAGGCGGGGUCGCGAACUCUGACCCCCGGGAGCCGGAGCCGCACGGCAGCCAAAGAGACCCGCCGGACCGGCCGCCGGCCCCGCCAGGAAAUUCUGGUGAUUAAAGAUCAUGGCAACCAUAGAGGAACUGGCCCAUCAAAUUUUUGAACAGCAAAUGGGAGAGGUUACACAUUCCCAGGAAGGUGGUACACAAACACUGAUGGAUGGGACACCACAACGAAUACAGAUUGUCCCUGGAGACUCGGGCCUCUCUUUAUCACAGCGUAUACAGAUUGUCACAGAUCAGCAGACGGGCCAGAAGAUUCAGAUUGUUACAUCACUUGAUCAGAGCUCAGCAGGCAAGCAGUUCAUCUUAACAAAUCAUGAUGGCUCUACCCCAAGCAAGGUGAUCCUUGCCAGACAAGAUUCCACUCCAGGAAAAGUUAUCCUAGCAACUCCAGAUGCUGCAGGUGUCAACCAACUGUUUUUUGCAUCCCCUGAUAUAUCUGCACAACACAUCCAGAUUUUAACGGACAACUCCCCCAGUGAACAGGGCCUAAAUAAAGUGUUUGAUCUGUGUGUUGUGUGUGGAGACAAAGCAUCAGGGCGUCAUUAUGGAGCAGUAACCUGUGAGGGAUGCAAAGGAUUCUUUAAAAGGAGCAUACGGAAGAAUUUAGUUUAUUCCUGCCGAGGAACGAAAGACUGCGUCAUUAACAAACACCACCGGAAUCGCUGCCAGUAUUGUAGGCUGCAGAGAUGCAUCGCCUUUGGGAUGAAACAAGAUUCUGUACAGUGUGAGAGGAAACCUAUUGAAGUGUCAAGAGAAAAAUCUUCGAACUGUGCGGCUUCUACAGAAAAGAUCUACAUUCGGAAAGAUCUUCGUAGUCCAUUAGCUGCAACCCCAACUUUUGUAACAGACAAUGAAACAGCAAGGUCAACGGGUUUGCUGGAAUCAGGAAUGUUUGUUAACAUUCAUCCGUCUGCAAUAAAAAGUGAGCCUACUGUGCUGAUGACUCCAGAUAAGGUGGAAGCAUGUCAAGGAGAUUUAAGUACACUGGCAAAUGUGGUGACUUCAUUAGCAAAUCUCAGUAAAUGCAAAGACACGUCACAAAGCAAUACAGAGCUAUCCAUGAUCGAAAAUUUGAGCAAUGGAGAUGCAUCAUUACCUGAACUCAAGCAAGAAGAACAAACUAGUAGUGAUGUUACAAGGGCAUUUGAUACUCUUGCAAAAGCAUUAAAUCCAGGAGAGAGCCCAGCAUGCCAGAACUCUGAAAGUAUUGACACCAGUGCACAGCUGCUUGGUGGAGAAACAAGCAUGAACAUUGUUGAAAUAGAGGGGCCACUACUCAGUGAUGCUCAUGUAGCAUUUAGGCUCACCAUGCCUUCUCCUAUGCCUGAUUGUCUUAAUGUUCACUAUAUCUGUGAGUCUGCCUCCAGGCUGCUUUUUUUAUCCAUGCACUGGGCACGUUCCAUUCCAUCUUUCCAAGCUUUGGGACAGGAUAACAGCAUAUCAUUAGUAAAAGCCUGCUGGAAUGAACUUUUUACGCUUGGUCUAGCACAGUGCUCACAAGUUAUGAAUGUGGCAACGAUCUUAGCUGCUUUUGUUAAUCACCUUCAAGGCAGUUUACAACAAGAUAAGCUGCCAACAGAUAGAGGAAGACUAGUAAUGGAGCAUGUCUUCAAAUUGCAAGAGUUUUGUAACAGCAUGGUUAAACUGUGUCUAGAUGGAUAUGAAUAUGCAUAUUUGAAAGCAAUCGUCCUCUUCAGUCCUGAUCACCCAGGUCUAGAAAAUGUGGUACAGAUUGAGAAAUUUCAAGAAAAAGCUUACAUGGAGUUCCAAGACUAUGUAACAAAGGCGUAUCCGGAUGAUACUUACAGACUAUCUAGACUUCUUCUCCGAUUGCCUGCUCUUAGGCUGAUGAGUGCUGCCAUCACUGAAGAGCUGUUCUUCGCAGGACUAAUUGGCAAUGUUCAGAUUGACAGCAUCAUCCCGUACAUUCUGCGAAUGGAGACAGCAGACUACAACUCUCAGAUCAUAGGUCAUGGUGUGUAAAAGUAGCAGUCCAGGAUUCUGUACCAUGGCAAUCAUGGUGAUGUAAAUGCAUACCCUGUCUCCAAGAGAUGGUCAUAAGCCUUCCAACGCACCUUUCCAAAGAAGGCUCAUAUUCCUCCUUUCCAGUACACUUGGGAAACAUGGUGGAGUGCAUUAGGAUAUAGGAUCACUUCCUGUUCUUUAUCUGUCUUCAAGGACUUGUAAAUUAACUUGUUAUCUGAAGAAGGUCAAGAAUUGUCCAUCCUAUUUUUGUAGGUAGACGGACUUGGAAUAUUUGUUUAUGAAGCUCAGGCUUAUGAGGAAAGUGAAGAAGCUUUGAUUGAACUAAGGUAUCUCAACUUAGCUUGAUGUUUUAGACAAAUAAAUUAACUUUCCUCUCUGA